ACAGUCCGCUCCGUGCUGCCGUCGCGCACGCACGCGCAUGUCGCUCGCUGUCGUAUACGGUGAUGUGAGGUGGCCCUCGCCGCUACCGCAGCGCCGCGCGACUGACGCGCUAUUUUCGCGAACGAGUACGCCAGUUGAAGGCUCGAGAGCCUUCGAGCCGGCAAGACGCCGUCCACCGUGGAUUUGAGGUACGGCGCCAUGGCGGCGACCACGUACAUGCCCGCCGAGAUGGAUCUCGGAAACAUCGGCGGGUACCACGCUGCGUCGCCGCGCAGCGCGGCGGAGCCCGCCGACAUGAAGUAUCAGCACCACCUGCAGGGCGGGUCGCCGUCCCCGGGCGCGCCCGUGCUGGGCAACCCGUGGGCGUCGCUGCCGCCCGCCGACCCGUGGGCGAUGCACCAGCACCACUCGCACGCGCACCAGCCCGACGUGAAGCCCCCGCCCGCGCCGCACGAGCACCGCCACCUGCAGCACUCGCACGGCUGGCACGCGCCCGUGGUCAGCCCGCACUACGGCGCCGGCUCGCCCGUGACGCUGCACGGCGGCUACCCGGUGCCCAUGCAUCAGCACCACAUGCUGCGCGACGUGCAGCCCUCGCCGCACGCGCUGCACCAUCACCACGCGCUCGAGCGCGACCAGCCCGAGGAGGACACGCCCACCAGCGACGACCUCGAGGCGUUCGCCAAACAGUUCAAGCAGCGCCGCAUCAAGCUCGGCUUCACGCAGGCCGACGUCGGUCUCGCGUUAGGAACUCUGUACGGAAACGUCUUCUCGCAGACGACCAUAUGCAGAUUCGAGGCGCUCCAGCUGAGCUUCAAGAACAUGUGCAAACUCAAGCCCCUGCUGCAGAAGUGGCUAGAGGAAGCCGACUCGACGACGGGCAGCCCGACGAGCAUCGAUAAGAUCGCCGCCCAGGGGCGCAAGCGGAAGAAGCGCACCUCGAUAGAAGUGUCGGUGAAGGGCGCGCUGGAGCAGCACUUCCACAAACAGCCCAAGCCGUCGGCGCAGGAGAUAACCUCGCUGGCGGACAGCCUGCAGCUGGAGAAGGAGGUGGUGCGCGUGUGGUUUUGCAACCGACGGCAGAAAGAGAAGCGCAUGACGCCGCCGAACACGCUGGGCAGCGAGAUGAUGGAGGGCAUGGCGCACGCGCACUACGGGCACGGCGGCGAGGUGCACGCGCACGGGUCGCCGCUGACGCACUCGCCGCCGGGGCUGUCGCCGCAGCACGCGCUGCCGCAGGGCGCGCACACGCUCGCCGCGCACUAACAGUUUGCCCCGUGGGCGCCGCCUCGGCCCUACUACGCGGAGUCGCACUAGCGCCCGCCCGCGGGACCCGCUCUCCGGCACGCCCUGUACAUAGUUCCGCGUGCCCGACAUGGACAAUAUUAACGUUUAAGUUGUUCUUUAUCAUUUCAGUGAAGUCAUAAUUAUGUGAGUAAUGUUAAGAUCGAAGCCAGUAAUCGUUUAUACUUAUCGAAGCGCCGCGGUUCAGUGUACGCCGAUGACGUUUUGCUAGAUAGUCUAAUUGAUAAAUAAGAGCUUAAUCGGAGGAAGAGCCGGCGUCGCUGGGCGCCUCGCCGCGUGGCCGAGCUACGCCUCGUCGAUAAGAGAAGAUAGUUUUCCUGUCUCUCCUGAAUGGGAAUUCCAUUUUGAUGAAGACCCGGAAAACAUUAGUACUGUUUGUUGCUUCUCGUCAAGAAACUCUUCAAUAUUGUAAAAACAUUUACUUAUUAAAUAUAUUUUCAACUGUGC